AUGGGCCAUGCACCCUACCGGAGCAGGAAGGAAGUUACCAUGGCAGAGCCGGCGCCCCGCGGAGCCGUGUAUCUCAUCGGCAUUCAGAUCUUCUCUCGUGCAAUGACAUUCUCUGCGAACCAGGUUCUCCUGCUCCAUGUUUCCCCCGUCGCCCUAGGGAUGUCAAUGCAACUAGAUUUAUAUUCAAUCACAGUGCUGCACUUUGCUCGAGAAAGCAUUCGAAUGGCAAGCCAAACACGAACCCGCGCUCCACAGGAAGCUAAGCAGGGAAAUCUUUUGCACCAAGAAUCCGAAGGUACAUCCGAGGGCAUAGUCAACCUCAACCCAUCCUCUCAAGAGAUUGUGAAUAUGUCUUAUCUGUCCAUUCUCUUGGGCUCUUUAAUAUUGUAUUUAUCCGGAUUUUUCUACCUCCAUAUUGCUAGCGAGGGUAGAUUUUCUCUACUGCCUGUGUUUAUCUCAGGGAAGAGCGCCAACGUCUUUUUCCAGUCGGCUGUCAAGCACAUCCUUACUCAGGGUGAUGCAAUGAUUCUUGCCGCUCUCUCAAGCCUAGAAGACCAGGGUUUGUAUGCGUUGGCUUCGAACUACGGGGGCCUUGUAGCGAGAUUGGUUUUCCAACCAAUUGAAGAGAGCAGCCGCAUCAGUUUUGGGCGGUGGCUUUCUGAAGAAACGCCGUGUAUAUCAAAACAAAAUGGCGUGAACUUUGCCAAAUCGUAUCUUCAGAAUAUUCUCCAUGCAUACUCCCUAUUAACAAUUACCCUUUGGACCGUUGGACCCCUCUUUCUUCCUGCGGCGCUUAAGGUACUUUUGAAUUCUCGAUGGGCGGCAUCAAACAUCGAGGAAGUCCUCUUAGCAUACUGUUAUUAUAUUCCCUUUCUUGCUUUUAACGGGAUCACCGAAGCAUUUGUAUCCUCCGCGGCGAGCAAUUCCCAACUACGAAUCCAGGCUACCUGGAUGGGAGCGUGCUCUGUAGGAUUUGCAUUCGCCGCAUAUUUUCUACUCAAAGUUGCCGCUUUGGGCAUUCGCGGUUUGGUUUGGGCAAAUAUCGUCAACAUGGCCUUCCGUAUCGUGUGGAGUUUCUGGUUUAUCAAAAAAUAUUUUGUCAAACAACAACAAGAAUUUAUAUUGCGUGAUAUAUUACCGAGGCGUGAAACCUGCGCUGUUGGCGCCAUCGCUUGGAGUUAUACGCUCGCUUCACAUAAAAAAACUUCCGACAUCGGCGAUUUGGCGCGAAUGAUUUUUGGAGGAGCGGCAGUAUCCAUUACCAUGUACGUCUUGAAUAACCACUUAUUCUAUUUCUUCGCUAAUACCGCCCUUAAGUCUAUACCUUGA